AUGUAUAUUAAUGGGCUUUUUAUUGUUGUUAAGAAGUGGAUAUUGUUUUUGUUAAUUUUUGUAUUAAGAACGGAUCUUAUGCUUUGGAAUUGUUCUAUUUAUUGUAUAAUGAUGCUUUUGAAGUCUUUUGAGGAGAUAGAACUUGUUGGAGUGGUUGCUAUGUUUGAUGUCAGUCAAAUGUUUUUUCUUAAUUGUAAGAAGAAGGGGCAGUUGGCCUUAUUUUCGUUAUUUUUUUAUGAAGAAAUGGAAAAAUCGGAUAUUUUUAUGCUUCAGUUGGUUAAUGGUAUUCAAGAUUCUUGUAGAGAUAUUGAUCUUAAAUUAGUUCAAUUUCUUAAAUUCGAGGAUUUUGAUGAAUCAGCUCAUUUAGCAUUGUCUUUUGCUGGCUAUUUAGUUUCUAUUGGAAAAUCAAUGACUUUACCUUGCUCAGAUACUGAUAAUUCUGAUAGAGAUAUUAAUAAAUUAACUGAAUUGAUAGAUAAAAUUAUCUUACAAGAACGUUUAAUGGAAAUAUUUAUUAUUAUAGAAGAAAUAUGCAAUUGCAGUGAAAAUACUAUUCAGGGUAUCUGUGAUGUACUUAAAUCUGGAUUCCUUGAAUAUUUUUUGGUUCCUUUUUAG